AUGAAUUUGUCUGCAAAGGAAAAACGUGCUUUAUCAACUGCGCGCGAUUUAAUAAAGAAACUUGACAAUAAAAUUUUUCAUGUUUUUGAAGAUGGAGGAAGUUCUUAUGGUAUUAUUGGAAGUAAAAAAUUAAAGUAUGAAGAUGGUUGGGUCUUUACAAAUGAAGGGAUAAUUCCUGAAGUUUCCGAAAUGAAGCAAAGAUAUAGUGAAUUAAAACGAAAAUAUGAUGGUAUUAUAUAUUACUCUUGCUCUAUUAUCUUGCAUGAUCCAAUACAUCCUAUAUUUCAGUGUUGUUGA